AUGACGAACACCCAACACGUCAAGGUCCUGAGCCUCGUUGUGCUCACCCUGCAGACGACGGCGCUCGUUCUGUCUAUGCGCUACACACGGCUGCCUACGCAGAACUCUGGGCCACUCUAUCUCACCUCCACGGCGGUGUUUUGCGCCGAGGUGUGCAAGGUCGUCAUCUGUUUCUGCGCCGUCUUCAUACAGAAUGUCCGGGUGUUUGUGUCUCCUCUGCCAACAGACAAGUCACUUCGAUUAACGAAGGUUGAAAUUGAGCAGGAGUUGUUGUCGGAACCGGUGGAAUUACUCAAGCUCGCCAUUCCCUCGGGCCUCUACACCCUGCAGAACAACCUGCUCUACGUGGCCCUCUCCAACUUAGACGCCGCGACCUACCAGAUCACCUACCAAUUUAAAAUCAUCACCACUGCCAUGUUUAUGGUUUCAAUGCUGAAGAAGCACAUCACAGUGAAGCAAUGGAUUUCUCUGCUCAUCCUCAUCACGGGAAUUAUAUUUGUUCAGGUAAAUUGGCUCCACAUUUUUCGAGAUGCUGAGUGGAGUGGAACUGUCGAGUUCCCUCCUAACACUUAUGCCUACACUCCCCGAUUGGCACCGUCUGCAGAUGUCAAGUCUCCGCUGCAGUCAAUGUCGACGGUGUCACAAAACCCUCUGGUGGGUCUGUGCGCGGUGAUUCUGGCCAGUUUCUCUAGCGGAUUUGCCGGUGUCUACUUCGAGAAACUGAUGAAGAGCACCGCACCGUCCCUCUGGAUUCGCAACAUCCAACUCGGCUUCUGGGGUUCCAUUUUGGCGCUGAUUGGCGUCUUCAUGACCGAUGGUACGACUGUGAUUAACGAUGGCUUCUUCCGUGGCUACAACUUCAGCGUUGUCAUGGUGAUUGCCCUUCAAUCACUCGGCGGUCUGUGCGUCGCCGUAGUGAUAAAGUACGCGGACAACAUUCUCAAAGUCUUCGCCACCUCCAUUUCCAUUAUACUCUCCUGCGUCGCGUCGUAUUACCUCUUCAACGACUUCCACCCAAAUUGGUAUUUUGUGGUUGGAACGUUAGCGGUAUUGAGCGCCACUGCCUUGUACAGCCUGGGAGAAUACAAACCAUCAGCCUCGUCUGAAUUUCCGUCGGUUGUUGUCAAGAGUUGA